CAGGGGCGCCUUUGUACUGCUACGAGAACGCUUAGCUACUUGUUACCGUUAUUUUGUUUUGCUUUGACUAAUAGCAGACUUAAAGUAUGCCUAAUUUAAUGCGCUCUCCGCCACUAAAUAAGUCAGUAAGUUUUUCGGAAACGGACAUGGAUAAGGUGGGCCAGUUUUCUGGAUCUUUGGAGGAUGUUAUUAACAUUACGCAACGAGAUAACAAACGGCGCCGGAUUACGGACGAGUGCAUGGAUAGCACCUCAACAGAUUUACGGACUAUAGUUAGAGAAGAGUUAUGUAAUAUAAUGAAACCCCUUCAACAAGAAAUAAAAGAAAUUAAAGAUUUUAAUAAACAAAUUCAAAAUUCUAUGGAUUUUCUGGUGGAGCAAAAUAAGGAAUAUCAGACGAAGAUAAAUGAGCUUGAAGUGCAAUCUAAGAAAAAUAGAGAUUAUAUUAACAUCCUGGAAAGCAAACUCGAAGAUAUUCUUAUAGCGAGUCGUAAAACAAACUUUGAAAUAAAAAAUGUUCCAAAGAUGAACCCUGAGACUAAACAGGACCUCAUAGAAAAUGUCACAAACUUGUUCAAGACUGUGGACUGCUCAUUACGAAAUUGUGACAUUAAGGACAUUUAUCGAGUGAGAGGAAAUCAUCCUGAAAAGAAGAAUACUCCAAUUAUUGUGGAGACUAACUCUGCUAUUUUAAAAGCGGAAUUCCUAAAGAAGGUAAAAUUUUUUAACAUGAAACAUCAAAAUAAAUUAUGUGCCAAACACAUGGGCUACAAAACGCAGGAGGAUACUCCAAUAUUCGUAUCAGAACACCUCACAGCAAAAGGAACACGUCUCCAUUUCCUAGCCCGUGACCUCGCUAAGUCGAAGAGUUACAAAUUUUGUUGGACGGCUUAUGGAAAAGUAUUCGUUAGAAAAGAUGAAAAUUCUCCAAUAAUAAAUAUUAGGACUGAAGAGCAAGUCCAAGGCUUAUUCCAAGAUAAAUGACUAUUUUUGCAGCUUAACGUGUGUAUGAAUAACGAUGAACUAUAUGUACGUCUAUGGUUAAACUUAAUGAAGUUUGGGGAAAUGCUGCAAAGACUCAUUUUAUAGGAUUAGAAAGAGCACAGAGAUUCCUGAUCAAAAUUAUGUAUUUUAAGAAAAAGCGAUAUUCAACUGAACUCUUAUACAAUGAGUGUAAUCUGCUUACGGUUAGACAGUUGUAUAUUUUGCAUUGUGUACUGUAUAAGCAUAAAACUACAGAAUAUGAUCCUAAAGUUGAAACAAGAAGAAGGAGAUACAUAGUAGCUAAAAUACCACAAACUAGAACAUAUUUUGCACGAAGACAAUUCUAUGUAAUAUCAGCCCAAUUAUAUAACAAAAUUAACAGAGUAAAUAAUAUAUAUAGAAAAUUGUAUAAGGAAUGUAAGUUUGUGAUUACUGGAUGGCUUAAAACGAAAAGUUAUGAACAGACUGAGGCUUUACUAUAGUAUAAGGAUAAAUGUAUAUUAACAUAAAUAUAAAAUAUAGUUUACCUUAGUAUACGAAUCUAACACUUUUUCAAAUGCACAUUAUAUAUUUAUUUAAUUACCUUACUCGUACUUUACAAGGUUAAUUUGCUUUUAUGAAAGAGCGGAGUCUCCUGGCACAGGCUUGCACGCUUAAAAGGAGACUCCAAUCAUAUUUCUUGUGUCAUGUGCUUUAAGAA